AUGGAACUGCAGAAUGGAGCAAAAUUAAUUGGUUAUGCUGAUGAUAUUGCUCUUGUCAUUACACAACCAUCUACGGAAUUGUUGCAAAUAAUAAAAACUUCUCCACUAUGUGAAACAUGUGAAAACGAUGAAGACACAGCAAGACAUAUGCUCUUUAAAUGUAAAAAGUGGGAUGCACAAAGAGAACAAUGGAACAACUCAAUGAAUGAAGUUGUAACAGAGAAUAACUUAUUACAAGUAAUGCUCAGUUCACAAGAUUGUGCUGAAAUUUCAGAAAAAGAUGAUUCACAAGAAAUUCUAACAGUGCCUUCAACAUCACUUCCCAUUGUACUACAACUAUCUAAAUCUUUACCGGUGGGUAAUGAACUCACGCAACCGACAGUGGAUAAAAAUAAUAACGACAUUAAAGAACAUACAAAUUAUCAGAGUAUUUCGAAUGAUAUAGAGGUAUUUAAUGAUAAAUUGGGGCCACGUUUAGAAAACCAAGAUGAGGAAGCUGAGGCCGAAGCUCAAGAAGGCACAGGAGAAGAAUCUGAAGUAGGAGCUGAGCCUGAAGCUGAACCAGAAGCCGAGCCUGUAGCUGAACCAGAACCAGAAGCUGAACCUCAAGCUGAUGAAACAGAACCCGAAGCUGAGCCAGAACCUGAGCCUGCAGCGGAGCCAGUUGAAGAGACUGAAGCGGAAACAGUUCCAGAACCAGAAGGCGAACCUGAAGAGCCAAAAGAAGAAGAAACUCCACCCGAACCUGCAGCAGGGGACGCUCCGGAAUCAGCAGAUGAACCUGAACCGGAACCCCAACCUGAAACAGAACCAGAAGAAGUAGCAGCUGCAGAUCCUACCGAAACUGUUGAUGCAGCUAACGAAGACUCUGAAAUGCCUAACGAUGAACCAGCCAAAGAGGAGGAAGAUCAAAAAGAUAUAGAAAAUGCAUCGCCCGCAACACAUGCUGAAGAUGCUGCAACUAAAGAUAAGGAUCAUCAAGUUUCCUGUUUUAUUUGCACUAGUGUUGAGGAUUUAAAAUGUAAUAUGAAAGCAACACGUCAAGCUUCAUGUCCGAAAGUUAGCGAUGGUGAUUCAGGAAAGCAUAAUGGUUGUUAUACGCUAUAUAAAGCUGACACAAAUAUAACCAUGCGUGGCUGUGUGGACGAAUUGGCCGAAGAGGGUCUUAAUUGUCUAGCAAAUGAGAAAUUAUGCAAUUUAUGCUGAAAUAAUUGCAAUAUAAAAUGGCACCCAGCGAUGCUAAUAUGCUACAGUUUAAAUUGUCCUACAAUGCUGUUCUUAAAUAUUUUUUCCAUAAUUAUAAUUAAGAGAUUAACAAAUUUGUCAUUAAUAUAA